AUGCGCGAAGAGCAUCGUGACGCGACUCUGCGGCUCGAGAUGACGCAUCUCGCCGAACUCGGCCGCGUUGAUAGAGACGCUUAUGCGCGUGUCAAGCGUGUCGAGACAGCGAACAGCACACUGCAAUCAAAGCUCCAGCUCAUCGAGACAGCGAACAACAAGCUUCAUUCCGAGAUCCAGCAGCUAGACAAACUUGUUCUGGAGCUAAAGCAGGCCAAGGCAAGCUGCUAUGGCGUGCGGAGGAGAAAGGCCCGUCAAGAAGACAAGAACCGCCGCCAAGGCUGGAAGCUUCGCUUCAAGAGGGGCGAAUUUGCUCGGCUCCGCGAGAGCGUGGCUGAUGGUCUGCGCCAGGUCGCUAGUCUAGAAGCUGCGAGUAUUCAGAAGGAUGGGCAGACUGCUACGCUUGAGGCUGAGAAGCUCAAGGUGGCCGAGAGUCUCCAGAAGGGCGACAAGAUCAAGGACAGGUACUUUACAGCGGUAAUGAAGCUACUUAAGCAACCGAAGGAGACAGCGGCUCUUAAGGCGGUAUAUCUUGAGAAAGACGGCCAGGUUGUUACACUCAGGACCGAGAAACUCGAGGCGCAGGAGGAGUUGGCAGCAGCCAAGGUUGAAAUCCUCUACAAAGACUCAGAGAUCGCACACCUAUAUAUAGUGCACGAAACACAGCGCUCGAAUCCCUGUUCAUCAAGCUCAGAACACCCUAAAAGACGCGGAGAUCUAGUCGUUAAGGAACAAGGUACUUGA